AUCAAGUUUUGGAGCGGGAGGAGACGCAUGCGCGAGUUGCUCCGUUUUGUAACAGUAUACGUAGCGGCCGCCGUACGCUAACGUCGUGCUGGCACGCCGUGUGUUUGGGAAGAAAACGAAAGUAAAAAGUCCCCUGUGCGGCGACACGUCGCAUUUAUCAUGACGAGAGCCGAGAGUUGGUCGACUGGCAAUAUACGCUCCGCGUGAACCGCCAACGGUGAUCAUGGAUCAGCUGGUUGUCUUGGUGUCGGUGUUGCACCUGCUGUACUGUCCGUUCACGAAAGUCGAGGAGAGCUUCAAUCUGCAGGCGAUGCACGACAUCCUCUAUCACGGCCUCAAUUUGACGCAAUACGACCAUCAUGAAUUUCCUGGAGUCGUGCCGCGCUCUUUUCUGGGGCCUAUUGUUGUGUCUGGUCUUGCCUCACCAAUAGCGGCAGGUAUCAAUUACCUGAAGCUCAAUAAGUUUUUUGUUCAGUAUGCGGUAAGAGCGACAUUGGGACUAUUGGUAAUAACUGCAUUCAAGCUGUACAGGAGCGCUUUACAAAGCAUUUUUGGGUCGCAGUUUACAAAGUGGUUUGUGGCCAUAACUGUGUCGCAGUAUCAUUUUAUGUACUAUCUUAGUCGUCCGCUGCCAAAUAUAAUGGCUAUGCCUUUAGUAUUAGUGGCCUUAUUUGGAUGGCUGAGGCAAUAUCACGCGUUGUUCAUCUGGUCGUCGGCCGCAGCAAUAAUAAUAUUCAGAGCAGAGCUCGCUGUACUUUUGGGACUAUUCCUUUUAUACGAUAUAGCGAGGCAGAAACUUUCUAUACAAAGACUACUUAAAAUUGCGGUUCCAGCUGGUGUAUUGUUCUUAGCACUUACUAUUGCUACAGAUUCAAUAUUCUGGAGACGCUUAGUGUGGCCAGAAGGCGAAGUAUUUUAUUUCAAUACUAUUCUUAACAAGAGCGGCGAAUGGGGUACAUCACCAUUUUUAUGGUACUUUUAUUCAGCAUUGCCAAGAGGACUAGCACUUUCGUACUUUCUAAUUCCCUUUGGAAUAUUCUUGGAUGCUAGAGUCCGUCUGCUUACUGUUCCAGCCAUCAUAUUCGUCGCAUUAUUUUCAUUUUUACCACAUAAAGAGUUAAGAUUUAUAAUAUACGUAUUCCCACUGUUGAAUAUUAGCGCAGCUGCUACUUGCCACAGAGUAUGGGAAAACAGAGCAAAAACGGCAUUAAAUGGUUUUCUAGCGUUAAUUGUCGUCAGUCAUCUUAUAUUAAAUGCUAUGUUCUCCAUGUUCUUACUUUGCGUGGCUGGUACUAAUUAUCCUGGAGGUCUGGCAAUUACUAGAUUACACAGGCUUGAGAGAGACUCCAUCGCGCCGGUACAUGUGCAUAUUGACGUAUUGACUGCACAAACUGGGGUAUCAAGAUUUACACAGGCCAAUGUUUCUUGGAUUUACUCAAAAGAAGAGAACUUCGCUAUUGAUGAUCCUGAAAUGCUACAAUUUACUCAUCUCUUGAUGGAAGCAAAAAGCAAAUAUUCCCCGAAUAUAAAGCCCUAUCUAAAAACUCAUGAUAUUAUUGAUUCUAUCGACGGAUUUUCACAUAUAACGUUAAAUCACAACCUGUUACCACCUAUUAAAAUUAAAACAAAGCCUAGUAUAUUUAUUAUGAAAAGAAAAUCAAACAUCAAAUAUGACCCUAAUAAAGCAAGAUCAAGGUCUUCUAUAAAGAUGAAUUUUGUAAGUGAGGUAGAUGAUGCAGAAAAUAAAAAAUUAAACAUAUUAUUUGAAGACGAAGUAGUUGACAAACGUGAGGAAUCAAUAGAAGAACUUGAAAAGACCAAAGAAAUUGUUGAACAAGAUUUCUCGGAUGUUUUUGGUUUUGAGACUAAAGAAAGCAAUAAUACAAUGGAGAAAAAGGUAGAAAUGUUUAGUGAUUUAGUAGAUGAUACGACAUCUAUGGAAAAUACACGGGAAGUUGAAAAUAUAAAUAAAUUAUCUAUAAAUUCAAAAGAUAAAAAGAAAGAGAAUAUUGAUUCUCAAGAAAACUUCAAAGAUGUUCCCGAUAUUAGUGACGUAAAGUUUGAUAAAAGAGCAAAGAUUGAAGAAGAAAAUAUUAAGGGAAAAUUGAAAAAUGGUGUAAAUGUACAUCAAGAGAUUCAAGGUGUUAAGAGAACUGUUAAGGAAAUGAUUCAAGAAAAGAUGCUAGAGGUUAAACAGAAAAGAGAAGUCAACGAUGAACGAAAACAUACAGAACUUCCGGUAAAACUGAUGAAGAAGAAAGGAGUUACAGCGGAAAUGUUAAAAAAGGUAGAAAUAUUGAAACAGGAAUUAAAAGAACCACCAAUCACAGAUGAAUCAGCAAUAAUGGAAGAAGAGCCCGAAGAUGAUGAAUUUAGUAAACAGAAGCCAAUUACGCAAUCGAAAGAUAAAAUCAAGGUAACAAAAUCAAAUAAUCUAGAAGAAACUGAAGAAGAAAACGAUAUUCUAGAUGCCAAAAAGAUUGUAAGGUCGCAAGAUAAAAUUGACGCAGAGUUGUCCGAGGCAGAAAUUUCACAAGAAAAGGAUAAAGAAGAGAGCGUCAAAACACCCAAUUCUAUAAACGUAAGAGAAAGCAUAAGGAAUAUAAUAAAUCAGUUUAAGGAAUUUGAGAAAGAUUUUAUACGCGAUGAAACUGAUACGAUGGCAUCAACAAACGAUAUAAAUCGUAUUGAGAAUGAUUCGCGCAUAACGGAAAUGGAUUAUUCUGCAGAAAGUAAUGAUCAAUUCAUAGUAAAAGAUGCUAGAGAGAGUCUUAAAGAAAUAAUAGAGCAAUUCAAGUACAUUAAGCAUGAAUUAACUUUGGAGGAGGACGAUCAAUUUGAUGAAAUCGCAAAUAAUUAUAUGAAACGGCCAAUCGCUGAAACAUUAUUACAAUUCAGUGACGCUCUAAAGGCUUUAAUACAACGAAGAAAAAAAGCUACGCCAAAGGAACACACAUCCAACUUGCAUGAUAUAUCAGAAAGUCAAAGAAAAUCGAUCGCGGAUGAGACUAAUCCCGGCCCACCUCCCAAUUCGAGCGUGACGGGGUUCCUGCGCAUUUCUCCCGGCAAGUACGUGGAUUUUUAAACGCGCGAUAUCCGGACAGAUGGAUGGGUCGAGGACGACAGAGCAUGGACGACAAUUUUGAAUAAUUAAUUACUUGUUAUCUAUUGCGAAAAUUGCAAAAUGGUACAGGACUUUUCGACUCGGUCUAGUCCGCUCUACCUGCACACCAAAAAAGUCCCCAAUAUUCAAUGACACCCUGUAUAUACAUAUAAGUUGUAUUAUUAUUUUGCUUUUUACGUCUGCAUUUUAGUAUGAAGAAAUGUAGCAAUUCCCGAUUUUGAUAUCACGCUUGUAGCAAACCAAACGUCAAAUUUUAAAUAAAAUAAAUUGUAAAUGUCUACGUUCCACGGGAUUCAUCAUACAAUUUAACAGACUGAAGAUUAAUUUCCAUAUGGACAUCUACAGAGUAAUCGAGUGCCUUAUUAAAUUUCUUCCAAAGUUAAUAGGAGCGGUAUUAAAUAUAUAUAUAUAUACAUGUGUAAGCAUGACACAUGCAGUCGCGUGUGUAUGUUUGAAUGUGUGCGUAAUAUACCAGAUGUAUUGAUGUUUUACAUAAAGUGAAGUUGUUUAA